GCAACGCAGCUCGCCUCCCUCCCACUCCAGGACUCGCAUCUGCUCGCUCAGGCGCGCCCGCACACGCUCGCACGCAGCGCGCCCCAUCUUGCCGCGCGGCUCCGGCCCCUGACGUCUGCAGCGCGCCCCUCCUGCACCGCUGCUCGCUGCGGUCAUGUCGCAGGCCGCACCAGGCCACGGCCAGCUGGGCACGGGGCGCAUCACGUUCCUCGGGCCCGCAGCUCUGGCUCGUCCGCGCAUCCAGAUCACACACAUCGACCGCAGCAGCGUGCGCUUCACGCUGGACGGCGUCGAUCUCUCCUUUGCGAAUUCGCUGCGGCGUAUCAUCAUCGCCGACAUCCCGACGUGCGCCAUCGACAUGGUUGAGAUCCAGGAGAACACUAGCGCGCUGCCCGACGAGAUGCUGGCGCACCGGCUGGGCAUGAUCCCGCUGGUCAGCGACCACGCGCGCGAUGCGCUCGUCGACCACCGUGAAUGCACGUGCGAGGAGAGCUGCGCGCGCUGCUCGAUCGAGCUCACUAUCGCGGCCAAGGCCACUGCGAACCACCGGGGCACGCUGGAGGUCACGUCCAAGGACAUGGUCCGGUCGGCCCGGGCGAGCGGCGGCGGUGCGGACAUGUACGAGGAGGUGGUGGACGUACCGCCGCGGAGCGCCAACUUUGGACAGCCCGUCGGCCAAGACAAUCCUGCCUCCGACGGCGUGAUGAUCGUCAAGCUGCGAGCCGGCCAGGAGUUCAAGGCGAGAUGCAUCGCCCGCAAGGGCUUCGCCAAAGAGCACGCCAAGUGGUCGCCCGUCAGCGCCGUCGGCUUCGAGUACGACCCGCACAACAUCCUGCGGCACACAUCGCUGUGGCACGAGCGCGACGCCGCCGCCGAGUGGCCGGCCUCUGAGAACGCCAACCAAGAGGAGCCUGCUGACCCUGAGGAGCCGUUUGACUACGAGGCACGGCCUGGGCGCUUCUACUUCGACGUCGAGACCGUCGGCAGCGUCAGCCCGGGCGAGGUCGUAGAGAGCGGCCUCAACCUCCUGGAGCUCAAGACUGCGCAAAUAGUGCAGGAGCUCGGCGUGUUGCACGACGGACCUGGCGACGAGCAGCUCGUCAACGGGCACGACGGGCAGGGGGCGUAUGGCGAGGCGUAUGGGGCACCGAAUGGCGCGAACGGCGCGCAGUACGCCUACUGA